AUGGCUUCUGUUAAAUCAUAUGUCCAAAAUAAAAAAGGUUUACGAUACGAUGACAUCAUACAUGAAGAAAGUGAAACGGUUCAAGAAGCGUUGAGGCGACUACCAAUCCACGAAGAUAACUAUCGUAGUCUACGAAUUCGUAAUGCGUUUCAACUUUCUAUACAGCAUAAUAUCUUGCCAAAGGAGCAGUGGAUUAAACCGGAGGAGGAUGUGAGGUAUCUUUCUCCGAUAAUUGCAGAAGUUGUGGCCGAAGAAGCUGAGCGAGAAGCAUUUGAUGCUAUGAAGAUUAUUAAGAAAUAA